AUGGCUGCCAAGAUCAACGCUCUGCUGCAGCUCGUGCGCGAGGACAAGCCCAAAGGACGGAAGAAGCAAGGUACUUGGAAGAGCAGGAUGGAGAAAUCUGUGGGCAAGAGCAGGCGAAAGACUGAGCGCGACUGCGAGGGCCAACCCGCCGACGAUGUCAAGUCUCAUUCUUCUUCCAAGAGCAAGCUGGACUCGAAGCGUUCGAUGGAUGCCAGGGUCUGA